GGAUACCAAAAGAACCACGAAUUUGAGUCCACCAGCCACCUUGUGAUGCUGCGCGCAGCAAUCACGAUGCCUCCGUCUUCAUCUAAGCUUGUCGCCAUUCCCCUUCCCCCUCCUUUUCUCCUCCCGCGCAACCUUCUCACCAAGUCCUCUCCCUUUACGCAAAUCCGAUCUUUUGGUGUUCGAGCAAUCGAGAAGCGACGCAAAGCUAGUCCCUAUAACAAUGUUCCCGGCCUGCAACCUUUAUUAUCUUCGCAGGCGGCUGCUUUCGAGAGGAAAAUCAAAUCCGAUACCCUGCCUUUACGUACCGGUGCACUCGCCAUCAAGAAAGGCAUGACCGCCAUCUACGAUGCCGAGUCUGGAAAGAGGAUACCUUGUACAGUGCUACAGCUGGACCAGAAUCAAGUCAUUAGCCACAAGACGAAAAAGACCCAUGGGUACUGGGCGGUCUGUGUCGGAAGUGGAACUCGCGACAGCGAGAAUGUGACCAAACCCAUGUUGGGACAUUUUUCCGUUCAAGGCGUGAGCCCCAAAAGACACCUUCGAGAAUUCCGUGUCAGAUCUCGAGAAGGUCUUCUGCCUGUCGGACAUCACAUUAAGGCAGAUUGGUUCAUCGAGGGACAGUUUGUGGAUGCCCGGGCAACCACGAAAGGAAAGGGAUUCGCUGGUGUCAUGAAGAGAUGGGGCAUGCAUGGGCAGGAUCGAACUCACGGUCACUCCCUCAGUCACAGGUCGAUCGGUUCAACUGGUAAUGGCCAGGGAGGUGGUAGUCGUGUCUAUCCUGGAAAGAAGAUGGCUGGAAAUAUGGGCGGAGAACGAAACACCGAGCAGAACCUCAAGGUGCUACAGACAGACCCUGAAAACGGCAUUGUUGUGGUCAAGGGUUGCCUAUCUGGACCGAAGGGAGGUCUAGUUAUGAUCCAGGACGCCCUCAAGAAGCCAUGGCCCACAAUCCCUACCACGGCAGAAGUUGGUUCAGAGCCCGAGCAACAAGCCACAGCAGCGAUCCCGGCUUGAAUACAUCACAGGGCAAGGUGCGCUUGAUUGACAAAGUUGGUCGCCGAAUGUGAUUGAAGGCCCAGGAACGUCGUUGUGGGUAUGGUGGAUGUUUGCCACUUGAACUCUUAAUCUCCUAGCUGUGUGUCUUCACCACCUCCACCUCAGCAUCUGAUACGUGUAGUGUUUCAACGAUUCCACCAGAGCCUGCACAGAAGCCUAAAGAGACGAUCGAUUUGCUUCCGGUGCAGGAAUGCUUGACAAACUCAAGUGGUACUCGUCGUCAUAAUUCAGCGGGUGUUUAAAUGGUGGCACGUGGGCCACGUUUGGUGGAUGUUAUAGAAACACGUUGUAUCAAAACCGCAGAAAGAGGACGAGGGACAGUUCGUAGACUAGAACGACCAGACAUCCGUGUCGUGAAACCUUCAUUCAGUAUUAUCAUGACUCCAUUUACUGAGCGCCCC